UUCCACCGAUCAACAUCGAACGUGCUACGAAAGACGGAGUUCGCGAACGUAUUGUAGGCGCAGGGAUAAUCCCUCGCAUAACUAUGGAUGCGGUUCGGUUCUCGAUUAUCGAAAAUGAGAUGAAAUGGGAAGACGAGUACCGCAUGUAUUGCCAGGACGAUGAGGCAGGCGAAGAAACGGGCCCGCUUGAUCAUCGCUACCGGAUGAGCAUAUCCAGCGAAAGCGACGUUGCGGGAGUGGAGAUCUCCUCGCCGAAUCAGCCACACGAUCUGUGCAGUAGCAGUCGCGAAGGUCAAGACGAAAUCUGGGUCUUUGCCGAGGUGGAGAGUUCGCUCAAGGAGCUACCGGACGCUGAGCAAAUCGGAGAACUGCUGGACAGUCUGCUCCCGGUAGACGACGUUCUUGCGGACUACAGCUACAACUUGGACAGCAUGCUGCUGUUGGCCGUUUGGGCUAGUAAACAUGUGCUGUUGAAGCAAUUGCUGCAAAUGGCAGAGGUGAACGUGAAUGCUAGUGAUCCAGGAGGUCGAACCGCACUCCAUCUGGCGUGCUACAUUGGAGACUACCGAGCGGUCGAAGUUCUCCUUCAACGUGGAGCUAAAUCGCAGAUUUGGGAUAAAGAGAGGAAAGCUACGCCGUUACACUGUGCGGCCAGCUGCGGAAGUAUCGAAAGCAUCACUCUCCUAUUAGCCAAAGGCGUCGACAUCAACGCUGGUAUCGAGAAACAUUCCGCGUUGCACUACGCCGUCCAACGCAACAGCAAACAAUGCGUUGAAUUCUUGCUCAAGAACGGUGCCAACCCCAACACUCCUCAAGUAUACACGCAAACGCCGCUACACGUAGCUGCUGCCAACGGUUUCGUGGAAUGCAUGGACCUUCUACUGAACUACGGAGCCGACGCACGCUCUCAGUACGGUCAGAAGAAAAUAACCUCGCUCCACCUGGCUGCAUCGGAAAAUUACUUGGAAUGCGUCAAGCUUCUCAUCGCCGCUGGUGCGGACAUCGACGCCCGCAACCGCGACCAGCAAACCCCACUGCACCUCGCCUGCCUCUCUCAGUGCCACGAAACGGUAACCUAUCUCAUCACCCAUAACGCGGACGUCCACGCAAUCUACCGCGACGGUCGAACAGCUCUGCACGCAUCCAUCGUCAAGGAGUCCCGCUUCUGGGACUGCACCCUCAGUCUGCUGAAAGCCAAAGUCGACGUCAACAAGGCGGACAACUUCGGUUACACUCCCCUCCAUAUCGCCGCUCUUAACGAGUUCAGCAGCUGCACGUUCAUGCUCAUCGAAUACGGUGCCGACAUCACCGCACGUACCAACGGUGGCGUUUCCGCGCUGUCCUUCAUCAUCCGCCGAACCCCAGAAAUCAUCCCGAAGUACAUCGAUAAACUGGACGCUGCCAUAAGUGUCAACAGCAUUCACGAAAUCGGCGACGUUGACUGCGAAAUUCGGCUGGAUUUUCGACCGCUGGUACCGAACAACGAUCGCGGCGAAACGGAACUGCUGCUGGCGUUCAUCGAGGUCGGACAACGGCGCAUCCUGAAACAUCCGCUGUGUGAAACCUUCCUGCUGCUCAAGUGGAGACGAAUACGGAAGUUCUUUCUGUUCAGCUUGUUCUACCACGGGCUGUUCGUGCUACUCUUCACCGCGUACGUACUCGCAGUGUACGUCAAGGACUGCCGACAGCGAGUUUGUCGAAUGGGCGCGCAUGUUCCCGUUAUUGGCUACAUUGUGAUCUUCCUGAACGUAGUCAUGAUGACGAAGGAGAUAUUCCAGAUGAUGCACGGGUUCAUCGGAUACGUCCGAUAUUGGGAGAACUGGUUGCAAUGGAGCAUCGUGAUUGGGAUAUUUCUGUGUACGCAAAACCCAACCGGGGAGAUCAGCGAGGUGCCGACCUGGCAGCAUCACGUGGCGGCGGUCGUCAUCUUCCUCACGUGGCUGGAAUUGAUGAUGCUCGUGGGACGAUUUCCGAUUUUCGGUCUCUACGUGCAGAUGUUCACCACCGUGGCGGUCAACUUCUCCAAAUUCCUAAUGGCGUAUUGUUGUCUAGUGGUGGCAUUCGGAUUGAGCUUUUGCGUCCUGUUUCCGAAUUACAUCUCGUUCAAGCGAAUCCUGCGAGGUCUGCUGAAGACUAUUGUGAUGAUGGCCGGCGAAUUGGAAUUCGAAGACAUUUUCUACGGGGAGAACAUCAAGAUUUUGUACCCGGGGACCGCUCAUGCAAUGUUUCUGGCGUUCGUACUGCUGGUGACGGUCAUCUUGACGAACCUGCUGGUCGGUUUGGCCGUCAAUGAUAUUCAGGGAUUGCAGCAGUCUGCCGGAUUGGAUCGGCUGUCCAGACAAGCGGAGUUGAUCUCUCGACUUGAAGGAUUGAUGUUCUCGCGAAUUCUGAGAAAGGCGCCGAUUCGACUGUGGGUCAUCUUCCAGAAGAUUGCUCUGCUGAAGACGUCCCGAUUAAGGUUGCACUUCAGGGUGAAGCCUAACGAUCCCAGGGAAAAGCGGAUUCCGAAAGAGCUCAUCACCUCCAUCUACAAGCUGGUCGCCGAGCGCCGCGAGCGAAACCAAUCGAUGAAACGUCAGCGAACACACCGCAACCUGCGAACGUUCCAGGAGCUGGUGGACGAGGACGCCCAAGUAACCCUGCGAAGGCAACGCUUUCGGAACUGCAAAAUACGGACGGUUUCCGAGAAUCCCUACCUAACGACGGCCGCGAACCGGUCCAGCGAGUUUGAUGGAACGCGAGCCAGCUCCGGAUUGCAGCUGAGAGCCAUCGAGGACACCCAGCAGCAGAUAUUGAAGAAGUUGGAUGAGCUGUCCAAGGAGAUCGAUUCGCUGAACGUUAGGGUCAAAAAGACGCAGCAGCUGUCUCCAAAUGACAUAAAGUCCUAGCGUUUAUAUGCCGAACAAGUAGGAUGCUCGAAAUAUAUUUAAAGAUGU